AGCGCGUGAAAUGCACUUCCCAAUCUUGAUAUAACGUUCAGCCACGCUUUUCUGAGGACCUUCAUUACACCGCCACGGAUUGAUCCAAACAAUUUUGCAUACCGUUUAACUCUGCAUGUUUUCACUUCUGGCAUCGAUCUAUGUAAACAUAGAAACCACAUUGAUCCGUUGUUAAUCGACUUAUUCAAGAAGGAAGUGUAGUCAAUCUCUAGUUUCAGAUCUAGUGGCUUGAAUUAGGAGUAGUGCUAUAGAAGAUUUGGAGGGAGACCCAGGUGUUGUUUUUGUGAUUUCUAGGCACCCAUUUGAGGAUUCUUCUCAGAUCUCACAGUUUGGGCUAGAAGCCCUUGUUUCAAAAACUGGGUUCUGAGCGUUGUGCUGAUUCUAUUCUGGGAAUGUGCUGUUUUGGCUCAGAUCUUCGUUUAAUCUGAUAUGGAUCUUGGGACACCCGUUUGGAAGUUGUGUUGUUUUUCGUGGAGAUUGAGUGCGUUUGAUGGGACUUGAUUGAGUAAAGGAGAGGUGUUGGUUCUACAUCUAUUUGGGUUUUGAUUCUUGGGUUUGGGAGAAACAUGUUUUGGAGGGAACGUGACAGGGAGAACAAAGAGCACAACGGUGGUGGACCGCCUUGUGGGCAGGUUCGAGUCCUUGUUGUUGGAGAUUCAGGUGUGGGGAAAACUUCUCUUGUUCAUCUGCUUGUCAAAGGUUCUUCCAUUACUCAGCCACCUCAAACAGUCGGAUGUACAGUGGGUGUUAAGCACACUGCUUAUGGAAAUUCUGGUAGCUCAUCAAACAGCAUUAAAGGUGACAGUGAGAGAGAUUUCUUUAUUGAACUUUGGGAUGUUUCAGGACACGAUCGAUACAAAGAAUGCCGGUCUCUUUUCUACUCUCAAAUUAAUGGUGUUAUUUUUGUUCAUGACCUCUCCCAGAGAAGGACAAAAGCAAGCUUGCAGAAGUGGGCAGCAGAGAUUGCAGCAACUGGGACAUUCUCUGCCCCUCUAGGAUCUGGAGGCCCAUGUGGCCUUCCUGUCCCAUUCAUUGUUAUUGGUAACAAAACUGAUAUUGCUGCAAAGGAGGGCACGAGAGGGAGCAGUGGUAAUCUUGUUGAUGUUGCGCGCCAGUGGGUUGAGAAGCAGGGUUUGCUUCCAUCUAGUGAGGAACUUCCCCUGACUGAGAGUUUCCCUAGCAGUGGAGGGAUUCUUGCUGCUGCAAAAGAAGCAAGGGUUGAUAAGGAAGCAGUGAUGAAGUUUUUUCGUCUGUUGAUCAGGAGACGAUAUUUUUCAGAUGAAUUACCUGCACCAAGUCCAUGGUCUAUUUCACCAGUUCAGGGACCUAUCCAGCGUGCAGGCGAUAAUUUAAGUGAAGACAACCAGUUUUACAAGAAUACAAGUUUAGGCGGUGACCCUUACAAGUACAACGUGCUCCCCCCGCUCCCCGCUCAACGCAACCUUACUCCACCUCCCACACUCUAUCCUCAGCAGCCAGUUUCUGUGGCUGAGAACUAUAACCUCCCAAGAUUCGCCCUGAAUGGUUCCCCAGAAAUCAUCAACACCAGACAAAAGCGUGCAGAUAUUAAUGUCUAAGAAGCGGCUCUGAUCUCAAUUUCCUUGUACAAUCAUUUCUUUUCCCUGGAUCUUCGAUGGGGUGAAGCCAUACAAUGUAUGGGUAGAGGGCUACUGUAUUUUCCUUUUUCUUUCUCAGUUUGCUUGUAAACAUAUUGAUUGAUUCAUUCAUGGUUGUGGGUACUCAUUGUAAGGUUCUUUUUCUUUUCAGUUUGGUAAAAGAAAAAAAUGUAUAAUGAUUGAUUGUUGAUAUUGAAACAAUGACAAUUCUUUUGUGUUGAA